AUGAGAGCAAGCAUUGCCGCUGCUGCCGGCGUCGCGACUGUUCUUGCGGUCGUCUCCUGUUCGCACGCUCUCCCGAUCCAAGAAAACGGGGCUGCGGAUUUUAUCUCUUCUCUCCUUGCAAAUGCCGCGGCGCAGCCACGGGAUCGUCCAGCGAGUGGUGUCGAUUACGUCGUCUUGGGCGGAGGAACUGCAGGUCUGACUGUCGCUGCCAGGCUCAGUGAGGGUGGAAAGUACACUGUCGCGGUACUCGAAGCCGGUCCCGAUGGUCGCGGAGACCCGAUCAUCGACACUCCUGGUCAGUUUGGAGCGGACCUCGGUACCAAAUAUGAUUGGAACAUGACUACGCAGCCGCAGUCCAACGGCGUUCCUGCUGUCGGCUGGCCUAGAGGUCACGUCUUGGGAGGCUCGAGUGCGCUCAACUUCUUGGUUUGGGACCGGCCAAACAAGCGGGAAAUUGAUGCUUGGGAGCAGCUGGGCUCGCCGGGAUGGAACUGGGAUUUCGUUUACAAGUAUAUCAAGAAGGCCGAGACUUACACACAGCCGGACCCCGACAAGAUCGAAGCAAUGAACUUUACUCCUGUUGCCUCCGAUUACGGAACUUCUGGCCCGAUCCACGUCUCUUUUCCGUUCUAUGUCAGUGAGCAGGUAUCCAAAUGGAUCGCAGCGCUCAGCAGUCUCGGCAUUCAGUCCAACACCCGGGCAAAGGGCGACAACAAUGGUUCAGCCCUGCAGCCGUCGGACAUCAACCCCGCCAAUUCGACCCGCAGCUACUCGGCAGCCGCUUACUUUUGGCCAAAUUCAAAUCGACCAAAUCUCAAGGUCCUGACUGGCGCGUUGGUCGACAAGAUCAUGUUCAACCAGAAUUCCAUCGGCAACAAUCUGGUGGCGAGCGGUGUCAACUUCCAGUAUAACGGUGCUUCCUACACGGUGCCAGUCCGUAAGGAAGUCAUCCUGUCUGCUGGAUCGGUCAUGUCCCCUGCCAUUCUUGAGAGAAGCGGCAUCGGAAAGGAGAGCGUUCUGUCCGCUGCUGGAAUCCCGCAGCUCAAAGAGCUUCCAGUCGGCGAGAACUUACAAGAACACACGUACAGCUUCGCCGCUUACGAGCUGGAGAGCGGCCACACGACGCUCGACUCCCUCCGCAACAAUGCGACAUUCGCUGCAGAGCAAAAGGAACUUUACACAGCCAAUUCGAAGAACCCAGCUUCGAUCUUGACCGAGACGGUUCCUUCGAUUGGCUACAUCAACCUACAGGAGUUGGUCGGCGACGAUGAGGCGUCAAAAAUCAUCUCUCAAGCUGAAUCGUACGUCAACAGCUCGCACUCACCUUACAACGCCACCCUUUGGAAGCAGAUUGAGUUCCUCAAGAAGGACAACGAAACAGUCACCCAGAUGGAGCUCAUUGGUGUCGACGGUUAUUUUGCUGGCGCCGGCGCUCCAGUGGCCGGCAAGAAUUACAUUACUUUCUUCGCCGCAUUGCAGCAUCCGCUCUCUCGUGGCUCCAUCCACAUCAGCUCGUCGGAUCCCACAACAUACCCCGUCAUCAAUGCCAACUACUACACUACGGACUUUGAUCGGACCGUGGCAAGCGCCGGUACCGGCUUUCUCCGCAAGAUCGCUGCGACGCAGACGUACGGGUCUUAUAUUGCCCAAGAGGUCGUGCCUGGCGCUGCUGUCGGCAACGACGCUGCCUCUCUCGAAGCCUUCACUACUACCACUGGUUUCACCACCGAAUACCACCCUGUCGGUACUGCGUCCAUGCUGCCGGAACGUCAAGGUGGCGUUGUCGACCCUCGAUUGAAGGUCUACGGUACGCAGAACGUCCGCGUCGUUGACGCCAGCAUCAUUCCUCUGCACGUAUCUGCGCACAUCCAAGCGCUUGUCUAUGGCAUCGCCGAGGCUGGAGCGGACCUUAUCAAGGCUGACGCUUCAAGCACCCCAGUUCCAUCACGAACACCAGCAUACCUGCAUCAAUCAUCCAUCUUUCAGCGCAGCCACGGCCACUGCUUGCAACCAACCUGA